GCAUCUAACACUUCUUCAUCCCUAAGCAACACUAAUUAACACUACUAUUUUCUCUCUCCUCACUCAGCCAUGCCUGCGUUCAUCGCCGCCCUUCUCAUCAUCAGCUCCGCCGUCGUCUCAGCACACGCAACGGACUUCUCCAUCCUAGAUUACAACAAUAAACACGCAGCAUCAAACCCGCGGAGCGAAGAACAAGUGAAGGGGCUCUAUGAGCGGUGGCUGGCAAAGCAUGGAAAAGCGUACAAUGGAAUUGGAGAGAAGGACCGGAGGUUUCAGAUUUUUAAGGACAACCUCAAGUUUGUUGAUGAACACAAUUCGGGGAACCGGACGUAUAAGGUGGGCCUGAACCGGUUUGCUGACCUGACUAAUGAGGAGUUCAGGUCAGUGUAUUUGGGUACGAGGACCGAUGCUAAGCGCCGGUUUGUCAAGUCCAAGAAUGCCAGCCGGAGGUACGCUUUCCGGGCCGGCGACGAUGAGUUGCCGGAAUCUGUUGAUUGGAGGGAAAGGGGCGCUGUUGCUCCGAUCAAGAAUCAGGGGACUUGUGGAAGCUGCUGGGCUUUCUCAACAGUUGCUGCUGUUGAAGGCAUAAAUCAGAUUGUUACAGGGGAGAUGAUCACUCUAUCCGAGCAAGAACUCGUCGACUGUGACAAAACCGAAAAUGCUGGCUGCAAUGGUGGCCUCAUGGACUACGCCUUCCAGUUCAUCAUCUCCAACGGUGGCAUGGACACUGAAGCCGAUUAUCCUUACAGGGGACUCGAUGGAAGAUGUGAUCCCACUCGGAAGAACGCAAAGGUCGUAAGUAUAGACGGUUUUGAGGACGUGCCUCACGACGAAAGAGCCUUGCAGAAGGCCGUUGCUCAUCAGCCGGUUAGCGUUGCUAUAGAAGCAUCAGGGAGAGCCCUCCAGCUCUAUUCAUCGGGUGUGUUCACCGGUGAAUGUGGGAGUCAACUAGACCAUGGAGUGGUGGCCGUCGGAUAUGGCACGGAAGGUGGAGUGGACUACUGGAUUGUGAGGAACUCUUGGGGGACUGAGUGGGGUGAAGAUGGCUACUUGAGACUGGAAAGGAACGUCGUCGGUAAUCCAUCUGGUAAGUGUGGGAUUGUGAUGGAGGCCUCUUAUCCCACCAAGAAUAGUGAAAACCCGGCAAAGUCAAUCCCAGACUCCGGUUAUUAUGCAGCUGAGUGAAACAGGGAGCAUUUAGUUAUUGUUUCACGAGUUGCAAGAUUCAGUUCAGGAGCAGUAGUUUUUAUUUGUUUCUGCUGGUCAGUCGAUGGAUUCUGUUUUAUUGAUGAUGAUGAUGAUGAUUAAUGUUUGUACAUAUAUUCCAAGUUUCACGUGCUGCUCUUGGAAGCUACCAGUUUGAUUUGAAUGCAUUUGUUAAGCAUUUCUUUCACUUUUAAUCCA